CUCCCGCCUUGCCGGGCCGAGCCUCUUCUCCUCGCUUCCCUUUCCUCACAGGCCGCAUACGCAGGAGGCCCGAGAGGCGAGAGGGGCCGGUCCCGGCGCUCUCCCUGGGAGCCUCCCCGCUUGUCACGAGGCGGCUCCACCCCGCGGCGGGCAGCGGCCCUCCCCCUUCUCCUCCCCGGCCGGUCCCGCUCGGCUCCGCGCAGGAUCCUUCCCGGGGCCCCUCUUCAUCCUCGUCCUCCACUUCCCCGCCUCCGAAGUGCCCCCGGUGGGGGGCGGGCCUUGAGGGUUGUGGGGGAGGACCUUCCUCUCCGUGGCCCCCGGGGGACCCUCAGGACGGAGGGAGCGAGGGGUCCGCAGCGCCGUGGGGGGGGACGUCCUCGCCGUCGGGGCGGCCGGGGUCUCCGCCAGAGGAGCGCGUCGGCGCCGGCCAUGGAGCCCCCCGGGCAGGUCAAGGACCGCAUCCUGGAGAACAUCUCCCUCUCCGUCAAGAAGCUGCAAAGCUACUUCGCCGCCUGCGAGGAUGAAACUCCAGCCAUCAGGAACCACGACAAGGUCCUGCAGAGGCUCUGUGAGCACCUUGACCAUGCACUGCUGUAUGGGCUGCAAGAUCUCCCUUCGGGCUACUGGGUCCUGGUGGUCCAUUUCACUCGCCGAGAAGCCAUUGAGCAGAUCGAGGUCCUGGAGCACGUGGCCACUAACUUGGGGCGCAGCCGAGCAUGGCUGUACCUGGCCCUCAACGAGAACUCUCUGGAGAGCUACCUGCGCCUCUUCCAGGAGAACCUGAGUCUGCUGCACAAGUACUAUGUCAAGAACGCUCUUGUCUGCAGCCACCAUCAUUUGACCCUCUUCCUCACGCUAGUCUCUGGUUUGGAGUUCAUCCGCUUUGACUUGGACCUGGAUGCCCCUUACCUGGACCUGGCGCCCUACAUGCCGGAUUACUACAAGCCUCAGUACCUGCUGGACUUUGAGGACCGCCUGCCCAGCUCAGUCCAUGGCUCAGACAGCCUCUCCCUCAACUCCUUCAAUUCCGUCACCUCCACCAACCUGGAAUGGGACGACAGUGCCAUCGCCCCCUCCAGCGAGGAUUAUGAUUUUGGAGAUGUGUUCCCUGCAGUGCCGUCCAUGCCCACCACAGCCUGGGAAGACGGAGACCUAACAGACACCCUUAGCUGCUCGCGCUCCACAGCCUCCGAGGUGAACAACUGCCGAGCGUCGGCCAAGAGCCCAACUCAGCAGCGCUACAACCCUUUCAACGAGAAGGCGGAGGCAGUGUCCUCCAUUGAGACCACCCCAGUCCACUCUGCCUCCCAAGAGAAGGCAGACCUCACAACGACAGAGGGCACAGACCAGUCGGAGAACUGCAUGGAGCUGGAGGUCAUAAGGUUAGCUAAAAAGAAGAAGACAGGCAAGAAGAAAAAGGUCAAGUCCGAAGAGGUCAGACAAGAGGACUCCAGCACCACUCCCAACUCUUCUGCGGCCCAGGCCAGAACUCAAGGGGCAGGUGAGGGAGACAAGUCGUGCACCGGAGCCAGGCAGCAGGAAUCUGGCCUGGAAGCCAACCCAGAUGUCAGCAGCGAGAGGAGCCCCGCCCUUCCCCAGCUGGGUCUGUGCAUCCCCGAGAUGAAGGACACCUCCAUGGAGAGGAUGGGGCAGUCUCUGAGCAAGGUGAUUGACUCCCUGGACGAUGCCGGUGGGUGGAGCUGCUCCCUCGAGCCCCCGGACCAGUCCUUUCGGACCGUCCUGCCAGAGGAGGCCCCCUUGGAGGGGCCACCCUCUGGCAGCGUUAGUGAGGGGCUUUCAGCCCCCAUGGAUUUCUACCGCUUUACCGUCGAGAGUCCAAACGCUGCUGCAGCAGGUGGUGGCUGCCAUGACGCUGCAGGGGAUGGUCAACCGCCACAUGUUCCUGGUGGCCCUCAAGUUGCUGGAGAAGAGGAAGAAGGAGGAGGAGGAGAAGAGACGGCUGGGCCACGCAUAGCAACGGACUUGCAGGAGGUGGAGGAGGAGGUUGAGGCAGGGAGUGUGAAGGCCCUUGGUAAGCUAAAGGGAGACAGGGCCAGCCCCUCUCUGAGCAGCGCCGAGGACUCUGGCGUGGAAGAAGGCCAGGGGAGCCCUUCUGAGGCAGCCCACCCUUCCGACUUCAGGGUAGACAACAACCACUUGUUGCUUCUGAUGAUCCAUGUCUUCCGGGAGAAUGAGGAGCAGCUGUUCCGGAUGAUCCGCAUGAGCUCUGGGCACAUGGAGGGCAACCUUCAGCUCGUCUACGUGCUGCUGACCGACUGCUACGUCUACCUCCUCCGCAAAGGAGCCGCUGAGAAGCCCUACAUGGUGGAGGAAGCAGUUUCCUACAAUGAGCUGGACUACAUCUCAGUGGGCCUGGACCAGCAGACAGUGACCUUGGUCUGCACCAACCGCAGGAAGCAGUUCCUUCUGGACACAGCUGAUGUCACCCUGACCGAGUUUUUCCUGGUUUGCCUCAAGUCAGCCAUGAUCAAAGGAUGCCGAGAGCCGCCCUAUCCCAGCAUCCUGACGGACGCCACCAUGGAGAAGCUGGCGCUGGCCAAGUUUGUGGCUCAGGAAUCCAAGCGGGAGAUCUCUGAUGUGGUGGUCCGCUUCUACGGCCUGAUCCACUGGGAAGACCCCAUGGACGAGACUCUGGGGCCAGCCCCCUCGGACUACAUGCUAGCCGAGCAUCCCAUCACAAAAGAAGGUGUCCUGAGCUACAAGGCAGGCACCAACUACCUGGGCAAGGAGAACUGGAAGACCUGCUACGUGGUGCUCAGCAACGGCAUCUUGUACCAAUACCCAGACCGUGCGGAUGUCACCCUUCUUCUCUCCGUGACCAUGGGCGGGGAGCAGUGUGGAGGGUGCCGGAGGUCGAACGGGACGGACCGCCCCCACUCCUUCCAGGUGAUCCUGAGUGACCGGCCCUCCCUAGAGCUGAGCGCUGAGAGCGAGGAGGAGAUGGCUGACUGGAUGCAGUACCUGUGCCAGGCGGUCUCCAAAGGGGUCGUCCCCCAGGGUGUGGUUCCUGCCCCCUGCGUCCCUUGCUGCCUGGUGCUGACGGAUCAGAAACUCUUCACCUGCCACGAGGACUGCCAGACCAGCUUCUUUCGCUCGCUGGCCACUGCUGAGUUGGCGGACGUGGUCUCUGUCUCCACAGAGGCUGGCCGGGAAUACUGUAUCUUGGAAUUUGCCCAGGACCGCAAGCAGUACCUGCCCUCCUGGGUGCUCUAUUUUAGCUGCAUAGCAGAACUGGAGAGGUUCCUCCUGGCAUUGGACACGGUGUGGAAAAGCACCUACCAGGUGGACCUCCUGCACAAGCCAAUCGAGGACGCCUCCACCCGGAAGAAGUGCGAGGAUGCCGUGAGCUUGAUCCACAGCGCCUGGCAGCGGAGCGACAGCCUUUGCCGCGGGAGGGCUUCCCGGGACCCCUGGUGUUAGCCUCUCAGCCGGCAGGGGGAAAACACAACUCUGCGGCAGCGCGGACAUUGGCCUUCAUGAGCCAGAGGCUGCUUGAAGUGGAGCUGGGCCUCCCUGCGGUCGCCUGGCUGCCAGCAGAACCCAGCUGGAGAAGAAAGGGGGCCCGUGUGCGUGACUGAGUGAGUGAGUGUGCACGUGUAAUGAUAGGCUGGCGAAGCACUGCGGUCCUCGAGCAACUUCCACCGGGCCCACCUUGCUACAUCUCGCCUUCUCCUGCUACAUCUCAGCUGGAGGUUACGGUACGAGGGCUGCUGACAGCAGUGAAGAGGACUGGCUUGCUGGCGCUCCAUAGGCAGCCUGGUGGCAAGGCCUCGCCUUUGAAGAAUACUAAUCUCUCAUUAACGGGGAUGGGGUAGAGGGGGCACGACCCAGGCCAGGAGGUCUGGAGCUGUUAGGAUGAGGCAAGGUUGGGACAUGGCAGACACCCUGCAUGCGUUUCUCUUGUCAAAACGAAGCAAAAACUCGCUGGUCUUAUUCCACUUUCACCCCCCCCCCGAGGUACAGACAAAUCUUCGCCUGCUGCUCUCCCAUCUCUCCUCCGUCCGCCGCCCCCCCAGAUGGUCUCGUUCUGUGAAGGGAUCUCUGCCUGUUUCCAGCCCCUCUGCCCCGGUCUCGGCAAGCUACUGGGCAAAAGCUGGUGCAGCAGAUCGUGCCUUCUUCGCUGUCUCUUCAAGGAAGCUGAGAAAAAGCAGCAAGGGGGGGGGGAGUGGCGGCGCCGGCAGCUUCCUCUGCUAGGCCAGCAGGUGGCGCUCUGCCCCCAGGUUUCCCUGGGUGAAGUGGAGUUUCCCAGGAAAGGGCCUGUUGUCAGGAGUGGGCUUUGACCUGGUGCAGUGAGUUCCUCCUCUCCUCCUUGCCCCCCUGCAGCCAGAGAAGCUUCCUUUCAGGGAGGGGGGGCGGUCUGCCCUGGCAGCUGCUGGUCUGUGCAGAUCCUGCCUCUUCACAUUCCUGUUGUAUAGCAGGAGGGGAGUCUCUCUGUGCCUGCCUGCCUCCCUCCCGGCUGGCUUUAGGGCAGUGGUAAUGCCGCUGCUGGGGGGGGGGGGAGCUGGGGGUGGUGGUGCUAAACUGUUUAUGCCGAGAGCAAAUCUAUAGGAAGCAGGGGCCGCGUUGGUUAUCCCAGCCAUGAUAGGCAGGGUUCGGGUUUUAUUUGCCUGAGGAGGGUGGUGGUGUUGUUUUUUAAGCUGUUGGUAUUUUUAAUUUUCUUUUAACAGAGAAGAGACUUGCUAAUGUAUUAUAUGCGUUCAUGCGGGGGUCUUCCCCCCCCCCCCCCGAGGUGGCCUGUGUGGCAGAAUGUAUCUGCGCAUACAUCUCCCCUCCCACCCUGUAAUAAACACUCCUUGGUUUA